GGAUUGGAUCUGACGGUGUCCUUUGUUAUCUGUUGCAUUCCUUUUCUUAUGAAAUGGACAGACAGCAGGAAACAGGGCAAGGAUGUUAGGACAUACAAUGCUAGCUAAAAAACUGACGUUUAUGCUCCAGAUGUAAGCUCGUGUUUGGUUUAAUACAUCCGAUAUGGAAGAAGCUUCAUGGAGCAGAUGUCAGUGACUAAACGCCUCUUACUGACAACAGCGAGGCAGCCAAGCGUACAUGUGUGAGCUGGCUUGUGUAUGUGCAUGGAGAAAAUAUGUAAUUUGACCUUGUGAGGGUUGAGCAAGUGUAACAUGGGUGGGAGUUCCAGUCAAAGGCAUCGAGAACUUUUUUAAUCUCUCUCCCCUACCACACUCUUCUCACAUCGGGAAUGAAGUUGGAGGACUGAAGUACACUUGCACGGUGAGGAUGAUUUGGAAAACAGCUUUGCACUACGCCCGAUUCUGGCUCGCUCUGGCUUUGGUGUCCGGCCAGCUCACCGUAGAAGAGAAGGAGCAGAUCUUGGAUUUGCAUAACUGGUACCGCUCCAUGGUCAGUCCCGAAGCUGCUGAUAUGCUACACAUGACAUGGGAUGAUGGGCUAGGUUCGGUGGCUCAAAGUUAUGCUGAUAAGUGCAUUUGGGAGCACAACGAUGAAGUGAAAUACAAGCUGGGAGAAAACCUCUUCCUCACCGAGGGUCCUCUAAGCAUCAACAAAUCCAUGGCUGAAUGGUUUCACGAACGCAAAAAUUACGACUAUGGUACGAACACAUGCGUGUCAGGUAUGUGUGGACAUUACACACAGAUAGUGUGGGCGAAGAGCAGCACCAUCGGCUGCGCCUCACACUUCUGCGAGACGGUUCAGAACACAAACUUCGAGAGCGCCACAAUUCUGGUCUGCAACUAUUACCCACAAGGGAACGUAGGGGUAGAACAACCAUAUGAAGUAGGAGAGCCAUGCUCCAAAUGUCCACUGGAGAUGAAUGAAUGCGUAAAAAACACCUGCGCUCAAAUCGAAAGUACAACGGAGGAAUCCAGUACGGACACGUGGUCGAGAGACACACCUCAGACGAAGCUUGAAGGUUCUUCAGGAUUUACAAAAUUCUCAGUGGAUACACUACUGCUCGCUGGUCUGCUCGCUGGUCUGAUGGUUUCUUUUAUAUUCUGAUGAUUGAACACUGAUAAUGCCACCAAUCUUAACAUGUACCCUAGGAAAUCUCCAUGAAUCAUGGUCGACGUUCCUCGGACGAGUACCUCCUGUUGCCUUGAUUCGUUACCACUAGUCCUUCACAAGUGACAGCACAUACAUCAAAUGUUAGCACCUGUUUUAGAGCUUCUUCAGAUUAGAUUUAGCACAGUUAGAGUUCGCCACAUUCUUUUAUAUCUAGCUAGCUAUAAACUUUAGCUCACCGCUGUCGGCCUCAGAGCCACGCAAAGUCCCGUAGAGAGCCUGUAAUGUUUCCCUUACAAAAAAUGUAUCUGGUUAAUAUUAACCAACUAGCUUGCACUGCAUGCACUGUCUUGUCUUCUGAGUUACACACCUGAUGCAGUCUCAUAGGCGGCAUAGCAAGCUAGCCGGCUAACGCUAGCUCACUUUAUCCAAAGCUCGUGCUAAAGGAAAGAAGUUUUGCACGUUCGCUUUGCUUAUUUUGCACUCAUUAAAUGAGACAGUUGUGCACGAUAUUCUCAUAAUGUUUCCGUAUGGUUUUACUCUCAUAAUAUUUCUUUAAUAUUUACAGCAGCAGAUAUUUACUUUGUAAACAGAUACUAUCUUUGAAUACUUUGACAGUGUCAGAAAGCCAUACUAUUAGUGUUGUCUUUACUAUUUAGACAUAUUACUUGAAUAAAUAGCCAGUGGGUGUGUAUUAAUAGUCAACUCUCCCAAUAGACAACUCUCAGUUGUCCAAUCGAGUUACAAAAUGGUUAAUAUCAUGAUUAGCUUUUUGCAAUACCUUUUUUUCCUACCACAGAGGGCAACAUUUUCAACUCCAGCUGCUCAUAUUGACUUUAAUGCAUUUCAAACAUCAUACUGGUCCUUCCUAACUGUGAUAUAGCAUUCACAUUAGUGUUUCAUGCACAUUUAAGUUUAAAAAUUAUGAUGUUUAGAGAAGAAAAGCUUGUCUUUGUAUAAUUUACUAUAAAAAGGUACUUGGCUCAAGUUGUAAUGACUAAAGUUUAGAUUAUUAUUUGUAGCCUAAGUGUAUGGCAAAAUGUUUGAGUGACACCAUUGUAUGACUCAUCGAAUUGAAAAUGAUAACGAAUUUGUUUUUUAUAUAUACAGUUUGCACUGUAAGUUCAAGUUCAUCGAUGUGAUGAACGCGUUUUGUUUUACUGCAAUGCACUGAUCUGUGAUGAAACCCAGGCUGGAAAAUGAAAUAAGGUCCUGUAUUCUGGGACAAUAAAUCAAACUGGAAAAGAGUGAACUAACUGGACAGAAAGCCUUUUUUUUUCUUUAAAGAAUCGACACUUAACUGUAGAUGUAUAAUUCUGUUUGUGUUUGUUGUUUUAUUUCAUUUCAUGCUAUGACAUUGUAUCAAACUACUAAACAUUUUAAUUACUUCCCUGAUAAACAGGUUUUUCUAACCCUAAGCCCUUCCCUCGACCCUUCAUUUUAUGCAGUCAGGCAUUUUACUUAAAAAUGAAGACAUCUACAAGGAUGUUCUGUUUGUGUUCUACACUGUAAUAAAUGCUCCAAUAAUAAACAAUGCAUGUUC